GUGAACCUGGAGAAUGGGAUCCUCUUUGUGAACGAGCGGAUUGACCGGGAGGAAGUCUGCGAGGCCAGGGGGACCUGCCUGCUUCACCUGCAGCUCCUCAUCGAGAGCCCACUGGAGCUCUACCGCGUUGAGGUGGAGGUGCUGGACAUCAAUGACCACGCGCCCAUCUUCCCCUGGCAAGAGUAUGUGCUGGAGGUGGCUGAGUCCGCCGUGCUCGGUGCCCGCUUCCCUCUCGAGAGUGCCCAGGAUCCUGACGUGGGUACCAACUCGGUGCACACCUACCGGCUCAGCCCCAACGGUUUCUUUUCACUUGAAGUGCAGACGCGCAGUGACGGCAGCAAGUUUGCAGAGCUGGUGCUGGAGCGCGCUCUCGACCGUGAGCAGCAAGGCGUGCACCGGGUGCUGCUCACCGCUCUCGACGGCGGUGUCCCCGAGCGCUCAGGCACAGCUCACAUCCUCGUCAUGGUGCUGGACGCAAACGACAACGUGCCCACCUUUGACCAGCCCUCGUACGGCGUGAGCCUUCCUGAGGAUGCCCCUGCCGGUACCCUGGUCAUCCAGCUCAAUGCCACUGACCUGGAUGAGGGCCCCAACGGGGAGAUCGAGUACUCCUUCAGUGGGCAUGCACCACUGCAGGUCCGGGAGCUCUUCCACGUAGAGCCCCGGAGUGGGCAGGUGCUGCUGAAGGGCCCUCUGGACUAUGAGCGGGCAAGCCUCCAUGAGCUCUAUGUGCAAGCCAAGGACCGUGGACCCUCGGCUGUGGCCGUGCACUGCCGGGUGCUUGUGCACCUCCUUGAUGUAAAUGACAAUGCGCCAGAGGUGACCCUCACCUCUGUGUCCACACCCGUGCUGGAGGAUGCCCCGCCAGGCACCAUCAUCGCUGUCAUCAGCAUUUUGGACCGGGACUCUGGGGACAACGGGCGUGUGAGCUGCGAGGUCGGCCCCGAUGUACCCUUUGAGCUCCGCUCCUCCUUCCGCAACUACUACACGCUGGUCACCACGCAGGCGCUGGACCGGGAGGCUGUGCCCGAGUACAACAUAAGUAUCACAGCACGGGACAUGGGCUCCCCCGCCCUGCUGACCCGCAGCACCCUCACCGUCCCGGUGUCGGAUGUGAACGACAAUGCCCCACGCUUCCUCCAGCCCUCCUACAGCGUCUACGUGAUGGAGAACAACGCGCCAGGUGCCUCCAUCUGCUCUGUCAGCGCACUGGACCCCGACUGCCAACAAAACGCCUACCUGUCCUACUCCAUUGCUGAUGGGCACAUCCAUGGCAUGCCUGUGGGCACCUAUGUGUCUAUCAACUCGGACAGUGGGCACAUGUAUGCCCUGCGCUCCCUCGAUUAUGAGCAGAUCCGCAGCUUCCAGAUCCAGGUGCAAGCACAGGACGCGGGUUUCCCCCCACUCAGCGCCAACGUCACCGUCCACAUCUUUGUGCUGGACCAGAAUGACAACGCUCCAGUCAUUGUUUCCCCCAUGCCGCGCAACGGCUCCGUGGCCACCGAGCUGGUGCCGCGAUCAGCUGGGCCUGGCUACCUUGUGGGCACUGUGUCGGCGGUGGAUGCGGACGGGGGCCUAACCUCCCGCCUCUCCUACCAGCUCCUCCAGGCCACUGACUUCACCCUCUUCAGCGUGGCACCAGACACGGGCGAGCUGCGCACCCUCCGCUCCUUUCUGGAGCAGGAUGCAACCCGGCAGCGGCUGGUGGUGCAGGUGCGGGAUGGUGGGCAGCCAGCCCUCUCUGCCACCGUGUCCCUCCUGCUUUCAGUGGUGGAGACCAUGCCUCAGACUCUCUCCGACUUCAGCGAGUUCAGCCUCCCCCCAGAGGCCUCCUCAUCCUCCCCACUCACCCUCUACCUC